GGAGAAGUUAGAAAACAAAGUCAGUAUGUCCAAAACAGAAGAUAUUAUUUUACUGCUCAUACACAGGUACUUAGCAUUAGCACUACACUGUUUAUUGUAUCUACUGGUCCAAGCCUGAACUCAGGCAAUCAUCUCAGAGUGAAAGCCAUUAAUAUUCUAUUAAUUUUACUUGCUAAAGUAUCUUUCACAUUUGACAUCUCCUUUUCUUCUCCACGGCCACUGUCAUAUCUCAGGUCCUCAUACCUUAUCCAGGCUAUUAAAACUGUCUCCCUACUCCAGUUUCGUUAAGCCUGAACCAUUUUUCGUAUCACCAAUUUUCUUCUAACGUUGGUCUUGCCUCCCUUUCUAGUAAAAAUUCUUCAAGAUUCCCGUCCACAAGUGCUUCGUAUUUGCUAAGUCUCCUGUCUCAUUUCUUGCCAUUUUCCCACUUGGUCCUCACACACCUAUACCAUACUUCUUGCACUAAUCACUCUCACAACUCCAGGGCCUUUCCUUCCUUCCCUCAGCCAGGAAUAAUCCCAUUGACUACCUCUCCAGCUCCUCUUUUCACUCUUCAGUUCUCCAACAGGAGUGUACCACAUCUGUGAAGCCUGUCCUGACGCCUCAAACCACUGUAAGGGCCCCUUUCCCUGCGUCCUAAGGACCUUUUGAAAAUUACUGUGUUUAAAUGACUACAGGGGUCUAUGGUUGUUCAUUUGCUCAUUUCCUUCCUUCCUAAGACCGUGAACUCUUGGAGGCGGUAAAUAGAGUUUUCACUCUCGGCCCAGUCUAUCACAGAACCUUACAGUUCUGCUUGCAUUCUCUGACAAUACAAGCUUACACAACAUCAACGCUAAGCAGAAACAGAAGCCAGGAAAGAACUGGAACCUUCGUAAAAGGAAAUCUCGCGAGAUGUUGUAGAUCUUUGGCGUCCCGCGAGAGAUGCUGCUGAGUGACCGUUAUUUAGCCGUUAAACAGCGGUUUGCCUCGCGCCUCCCUGUGGGUCCUGAGGCGGAGCCAUUUUUCGCUCCUCCCGAGGUUCGAUGUUCUGGGCCAGAAUCUCUGGUUGAAUCUUUCUGUUUCUCUAAUAAGGAGCAGGUUACAGUUCGCGUGGGCACCGAGACCGCGGUUUCCCGCUGGUUCUUUAAAGGUAAGCGCAGGUGGCAGUGAGUUCCUUUCCUGAGGACGGAACCCGAGCGGGGCGAAGUUUUGACACCGUGCCUUCGUCACCCAGCCAGCUGCCCCCGCGCCCGGACACCUCUGUGUCGUCUUCUUGGCAGCCACCUCCCUAGUUUUAGAUGGAAGGACCUAAGUUCUUUCGGCGAGGUAAUUACAACUGAAAGAGAGGAAAUGGAGAAGCAAAAGCCCUUUAAGUUGUUUGUACCACCAAGAUUAAGUAGCAGUCAGGUGUCUGCAGUGAAACCUCAGACCUUGGGAGGAGAUUCUAAUUUAUUCAAGAGUUUCAACAAAUGCAUUGAAGAUAAUUUUGGUUUUCCAUUUGCAAUGACUAAGCUCUCCAGAAAUGGGGAAAACAUUGAUUCAGAUCCUGCUUUACAAAAAGUUAACUUUUUGCCCAUGCUCGAACAGGUUGAUAAUUCUGACAGCUGUCACUACCAGGAAGGACUAAGAGAAUCUGAUUUUGAGAAUUCAGAGCCAAUGAGCAGACUAUAUUCAAAACUAUAUAAGGAGGCUGAAAAGAUCAAGAAGUGGAAAGUGGAUGUAGACUCUGAACUGAAGCAGAAAGAAAAUAAAUUGCAAGAAAAUAGAAAGAUAAUUGAAGCACAGCGGAAGGCCAUUCAGGAACUACAGUUUGAAAAUGAAAAAGUAAGUUUGAAAUUAGAAGAAGGAAUUCAAGAAAAUAAAGAUUUAAUAAAAGAGAAUAAUUCUACAAGACAUUUAUGUAAUUUACUCAAAGAAACCUGUGCCAAAUCUGCUGAAAAGACAAAGAAAUAUGAAUAUGAACGGGAGGAAACUAGGCAAGUUUAUGCGGAUCUAAAUAAUAACAUUGAGAAAAUGAUAAUAGCUUUUGAGGAACUUCGUGUGCAAGCUGAGAAUUCCAGACUGGAAAUGCAUUUUAAGUUAAAGGAAGAUUAUGAAAAAAUCCAACAUCUAGAGGAGGACUAUAAGAAGGAAGUAAAUGACAAGGAAAAGCAGGUAUCACUGCUAUUGAAUCAAAGUUCUGAAAAAGAAAAUAAAAUGAAAGAUUUAACAUUUCUGCUAGAGGAAUCCAGAGAUAAAGUUAACCAAUUAGAGGAAAAGACAAAAUUACAGAAUGAAAACUUAAAAGAAUCAAAUGAGAAACAGGAUCAUUUGACAUCAGAGCUAGAAGAUACUAAAAUGUCUUUGCAAAGAAGUGUGAAUACUCAAAAGGCUCUAGAGGAAGAUUUACAGAUAGCAACAACAAAAAUAUAUCAGCUUACUGGAGAAAAAGAAGCUCAAAUGGAAGAAUUUAAUAGAGCUAAGUCUGCUCAUUCACUUAUGGUUACUGAAUUUAAAACUACUGUAUGCAACUUGAAGGAAUUAUUGACAACAGAACAGCAGAGAUUGGAAAAACUUGAAGAUCAAUCGAAAAUACUUGCCAUGGAGCUUCAGAAGAAAUCAAGUGAGCUGGAAGAAACGACUAAGCUUAAAAAUAACAAAGAAGUAGAACUUGAAGAACUGAAAAAAAUCUUGGCAGAAAACCAAAAGCUUUUAGAUGAAAAGAAGCAUUUUGAGAAGAUUGCUGAAGAAUUAAAAGGAACAGAACAAGAACUAACUGGUCUUCUCCAAACUAGAGAGAAAAAAGUACAUGAUUUAGAAAUACAAUUAACUGCCAUUGGGACAAGUGAGCAACAUUAUUCAAAACAGGUUAAAGAGCUGAAAACUGAGCUUGAAAAUGAGAAGCUUAAAAAUACUGAACUAACUGCUAGCUGCAACAGGCUUUCACUGGAAAAGAAACAACUGAAACAAGAAACAAGUGAUAGGGCCCUAGAACUCAAGAAACAGCAAGAAGAUAUUAAUAAUAGCAAAAAGCAAGAAGAAAGGAUGUUGGAACAAAUAGAAAAUUUGAAAGAAACAGAAACACAAUUAAGGAAUGAACUGGAAUCUGUAAGAGAAGAACUUAAACAGACAGGAGAUGAAGUUAAAUAUAAGUUGCACAAGAGUGAAGAAAAUGCUCGAAGCAUUGAAUGUGAAGUUUUGAAAAAAGAUAAACAAAUGAAGGUACUAGAAAACAAGUGUAACAAUUUAAAGAAACAAAUUGAAAAUAAAAGCAAGUGUAUUGAAGAACUCCAGCAGGAGAAUAAGGCCUUAAAAAAGAAGGGUACAGCAGAAAGCAAGCAACUGAAUCUUUAUGAGAUAAAGGUCAGUAAAUUAGAAUUAGAACUAGAAGGUGCCAAGCAAAAAUUUAAAGAAAUGACUGACAGCUAUCAAAAAGUAAUUGAGGACAAAAAGAUAUCAGAAGAAAAUCUUUUGGAAGAGGUUGAGAAAGCAAAAGUAAUAUCAGAUGAAGCAGUAAAAUUACAGAAAGAAAUUGAUAUACGAUGUCAACAUAAAAUAGCUGAAAUGGUAGCACUUAUGGAAAAACAUAAGCACCAGUAUGAUAAAAUCGUUGAAGAAAGAGACUCAGAAUUAGGACUUUAUAAGAGCAAAGAACAAGAACAGUCAUCAAUGAAAGCAUCUUUGGAGACUGAAUUAUCCAAUCUCAAAACUGAACUGUUAUCUGUUAAGAAACAACUUGAAAUAGAAAGAAAAGAAAAAGAGAUUCUCAAAAGAGAGGCAAAAGAAACUAUAGUUACUCUCAAAGAAAAAGAAGACAAGAAAACACAGACAUUGGAAACACCUGAAACUCGGUAUUGGAAAUUUGAUUCUAAAGCAGCUCUUCCUCAAAAUGUAUCUCAAAAUUUCCUAUCAGCUGAUCAUGGCAAAUCCAAAGAUAAAAGAGAUUAUCUGCAGACAUCUGCCAAAAGUACUUUAUCUACACCAUUACCAAAGGUAUAUACUGUGAAGACACCAACAAAACUAAAAAUUCAGCAAAGAGAAAACAACGCAACCAUUGAAGAAAGUAAUAAAAAAAGAAAAAUGGUCUUUGAGUUUGAUAUUAAUUCAGAUAGUUCAGAAACUACUGAUCUUCUGAGCAUGGUUUCAGAGGAAGAGACAUUGACAAAGCUAUAUAAGAAGAAUAAUCCAUCAACUGCUCAUCUUUGUGUCAGGACACCAAAAAAGACCCCUUCAUCUCUAACAACCCCUGGAUCUUCUCUGAAGUCUGGAGCUGUGAGGAAAAUGCGGGAGGACCAUUGGGCUCUAGUUGCUAAAAAGGAUAGGAAAAAAAAACUAAAGGAAGCAGAAAAGCUAUUUCUUUAAUUUCAGAAAAUGAGUGUGAUUAAGGAGUCUAAUAACAUCAAAUUUAUAGUUGUUAUUUUUGGAAGAGCCAAACUUUUUCUGUAAUUGAGACUUUUUUUGGUAUUUGCAUAAAUAAUUUAUUUCUUUUAUAUUUUGGUCUAACUGAAAUAACCACAUUUUGCCUGAAAACUUGUAAUUGUAUUCAUUUAAUUAGAGGAUUAUAUUUUGUUUUAACUUCUUGGAUUCCUGAAAAGUGUUUGGCUAAGUUUUCAAAUUUGUAAAGUUAUCGACUGAAUACUAAGAAUACAUUAUUGAGAUGUACUCUUUAUUUAUACUAUUAAAAUAUUUUG